GGCACCUAGUCGGGUGGCGGGCCCGUUGGAGCGCCGCGUCUCCCGCCAGUGUUUACAAACAUAAUGAACUGAACUGAAAACUAUGGCGCGCAGCGAGGAUCCGACCCUGCAAGACAUUAUUAGGAAGCUGGAGGCCCUUGGGUGUGAUGAGCUGGAGACCCUGGAGCCCCAGUGGGUGUACUCAGUCCUUGUGUCACCUGGGAGACCAAGACAAAACCUUCUCAGAUGGGUUAUUGCUCGUCUGUCACCAAGUGAAUACUCAAAUUUAUCUUCAGUGCCCAGUCAUGCACAGGAACAAAAAAUUCUUCAAAUCUUGAUGUGCAUGGGAAUCUGCCUGCCAGGAGACACAGACAUCAUUGAGGGAUCAGCACCUGAGAUGACACAAAUUAAGUUUUGGAGAACAUGUCUAGAUGUCAUUGAGCACCUGCAGGACUUCUCUCAAACAAGAGACAAGGAAAGGAUUGACCCACAGGUGGCCUCUCUGCUUCUUUCCCACCUAGCUCUGUCCCCUCACCUGCUUCCCACUCUCAAGGAAGGAGAAGCAACGCUGGUGCCGGAGGACCUCAAAGACAAGUACCAUGUGUGGUGCAAGCAACAGAAGCACACCCCUGUGUCUGAGUCUUUGAGGAAAGUGAAGGAACAGCUUAGCCAAGAGCAAGAAAAACACAAAUAUCUGGAAAAAUGUGAGGCAAUUCCUUCCACUGAGGAACACCAGAGUCUGCAGGCAAGUGUUGAGAAAGCCUUGUCCAGCCUGACCAAGGAGCAGGAGCUGCUGCGGGGCGUGUACUCCACCUACAUCGCUCCCUGGACCACCUCAACUGCACAGCUGGAGCUCCCAAACACUGGUCCGCUGGUGGAGGAAGCGGACUCCAAACUCUCAACUUUAGUCAAGGCUCUCAAGACAACAGAGGAAAUACUUGAGAACUGUGAGAGGCUUGAGGAGCAGGAGAAGGCUAUCCUGAAGGAGGUGCUGCAUCCCUCCUCCAUCACCACAACACUGCACUCCCUGGUGGCCGAGGCAGGCAGGCAGGAUGUAUGAUGACCGUCUCCCUUCCCUUCCUUUCCCUUCCCUUUCUUUCCCUUCUUUCCUCUCCUCUCCUCUCCUGGCCUCUCUUCUCAUCUCCUCUCCUUGUCCUCUCCUCCUCUUGCUCAGAUUUGUAUUCUUUUUUUUUUUCUGUUAAAUCAUCCUUUACUGGUUAUUUUUCCCAAUCCUUGCUACCAAUCUUUACACAUCCAUUACUUCCCUUCUGAUUUCUUUAGUGUCAUGUAUUAUUGCCAUCUCGUGUCUCACUGCUGAGUGUAAAGUUAACCAUCAAAAGCAGUUGUUGAUGUGAUGAGCACUUUACAAACUUCAUGUUACUUUACAUAGAUCAGUGGAAACAAAUGAAAUGAGACUGAAAUUUUCAUAUUAAUUGAUGUUUCUAUUCACUAUAACUUAUGCUGAAGGUAGCAGAUUGAUUCUGUGAUGUAACUUAGUUAGCAUCUUGUUAAAUUGAGGAAGCUUUCUAUAAAACUGCGUUGGCUUGUAGUCUUCCAAACAUAAAAUAUUUACAAAUAAAA